AGAAAAAAAAAACCGUUCUUUUGUACUGCCCAGCUAUUUUAGUAGGAGAAGUGGUAUUUAUUAUUGGUAGAAUAGAGAGCUUCUGGCUUUGGCUUGUGAAACAGGUGGUCGUUUGUUUUCCGGAAAAGGGAGCGAGUUUUUGUAUUUCUUUUUUAUAAAAUUCCUCCACUUGAGUUCUCAAUCUCACUUUCCUGGAUAAAUCUUCACUGCAGAAGCAGAGUUGGGUUUCUCUACUUCUGGUGUGUAUCCAUUUUUCCUUAUCAUCUACCAGUGCUUUUUUUUUCCCCCUAUCUGUAAGCAUGCAUAUAUUUUAGCCUUAGGCAGUGGUAAAUAUUGUGGGGUUUUCUUGAUUUUAGCUAGUAUGCUUAAAAAAAAGCCGAGCUUUCGAGAUCUGAAACUCAAGCUAUGGCCAAUUCCGGCAUUAAGGAGGGGUGGUUAAAAUUGGAGAUGAAAUUUGAGGUCGGUAUGGGGGGAUUGAUUUGGAAUGAUGAAGAUAAAACUGUGGUGGCGGCUGUUUUGGGGACUAAGGCUUUUGAUUACCUGUUCUCGAGCUCCCUUUCUGCUGAAGGUUCAUUGAUGGCAAUGGGGAAUGAUGAGAAUUUACAGAAUAAGCUUUCAGAUCUCGUGGAACAUCCCAACUCCUCGAAUUUUAGUUGGAAUUAUGCGAUUUUCUGGCAAAUUUCCCGGUCCAAGUCCGGUGACUUGGUCCUAGGAUGGGGAGAUGGGUGUUGUAGAGAGCCUAGGGAAGGGGAGGAGUCCGAAGUUACCCGAAUCCUUAAUCUUCGCCUCGAGGACGAGACUCAACAGAGGAUGAGAAAAAGAGUUCUUCAGAAACUGCACACUUGCUUUGGGGGAAGUGACGAGGAUAGUUAUGCUUUUGGAUUGGAUAGGGUUACUGAUACUGAAAUGUUCUUCCUUGCCUCCAUGUAUUUCUCCUUCCCGCGAGGAGAAGGUGGUCCGGGGAAGUCCUUUGGAUCUGGGAAGCAUUUGUGGGUAUCAGAUGCACUCAAGUCUUCUGCAGAUUAUUGUGUGAGGUCAUUCCUUGCAAAGUCUGCCGGGAUGCAGACUUUAGUUUUGAUUCCAACUGAUGUCGGAGUAGUUGAAUUAGGCUCAGUUAGAUCAAUCCCGGAAAGUCUGGAGCUCAUGCAAUCAGUAAGAUCUUCUUUCUCGUCGUUUUCGUCUUUCAUCAGGGCCAAACAAGCAGCAGCUGUGGUUAUGGGAGCUGACAAGAAAGAUGGUAAUGCGCCUUGUCCGAAUUUGGGCAUUGGAGAGCGGCCAGAUGGGAUUCCUAAGAUAUUCGGGCAAGAUUUGAACCCAGGUAAUCCCCAAUCUCGGGAAAAACUUGCUAUUAGGAAGCCAAAUGAAGAGCACUGGGAUGGUUAUCCUAAUGGAAACAGAAUUGCGUUUCCAAGCCCUCGAAAUGGUAUUCACGGUGCAACGUGGACGACUUUCAGUCACGUAAAGCCAGGGAAUGGCGCAGAACUUUACAGUCCUCAGACACAAACAAGCAAGUUACAAGGACUUGUUAAUGGCUCCGGUGAUGAAUUUCGGCUUGGCAACUUUCAGCAUCAGAAACCAACACAGAUGCAAAUUGACUUCACUGGAGCAACCUCCAGGCCUGUAAUUUCGAGGCCUCUUUGUGUGGACUCUGAACACUCAGAUGUUGAGGCCUCAUGUAAGGAAGACGUUUCAGUUCUAGGCGAUGAAAAGAGGCCUAGGAAGCGAGGCCGAAAGCCUGCCAAUGGUAGAGAAGAGCCCCUUAAUCAUGUAGAGGCAGAGAGGCAGCGGCGAGAAAAGCUGAAUCAACGGUUCUAUGCAUUACGAGCCGUUGUGCCUAAUAUUUCCAAAAUGGACAAAGCUUCCCUAUUGGGAGAUGCCAUUGCUUACAUAACAGAGCUACAAAAGAAGCUCAAGGACAUGGAAUCAGAGAGGGACAAAUUCGGUAGUGCCUCCAGAGAUGCAUUGCCUUCAGAAGCUAGCCCAAGCUCUGACGUUCAAAGCCUAGUUCCUGAGAUUGACAUUCAAGGUGCCCAUGAUAAAGUCAUUGUGAAGGUGAGCUGCCCUUUGGACACCCAUCCUGCAUCCAGAGUCAUCCACGGAUUGAAAGAAGCGGGGGUUAAUGUCAUCGAGUCUAAGCUAGCAGCAGGGAAUGACAAAGUGUUUCACACAUUUGUUGUGAAGCCUCAAGGAUCAGAGCAGUUGACAAAGGACAAGUUGAUAGCAGCAAUUUCGCGCAGCUGCGAAUCGACCUCCUUGCAGGCAUUGUGAUCAGUUGGGUAAAUGAUAGCAUCACAUUUGACAUAGUCAUUAGGUAUAAAAUGUAGUGAGCACCCUUUUGAAAAGCUUCUGCAGAGAUUUUGGUAUACAGCAGUUCAAGCUAGAAAUAGAGAAAUAAUUUAGCUUUUAACUGUGUAGGAUAUUAUUUUCGUUUUUGUGUGUUUGUUUAUAGUAUACAUCGUCUGUGAUAAGUGAAUUUACAAGAUGAAUUAUGUUCUAGAAUGUAUUGGUCCUAUAAAUUAGUUGUUUUUCAA